AUGGGCGCUGGCAACGACGACUCCUCAUUUUUCCUGUAUGGUGUCGGGGAACGGCCCGACGCUUUAACCUUGGGUUCGCUGGUGUUGGAGAAAUACUGGCAGCCAAUAAUCGCCCGUCACUAUACUCACAAACCACUCAAGUAUGACCCCGCGUUUUGGAUUUUGAAGCUCGACCAAGAAUUGCAAAAACAUGCCUAUGCAACCGAAGCGAAAAACAUCGUGUUCCAUGGCUCAUCUCGCUUGUCGCCCGGGGUCGGCGUCGACGGCGCUGAUAUUGUCAAUCUCGGCCUGGCGUUCACCAAAGACCAGGACAGAAUUGUGAUCGCAGAGAAAGGCACCAGAAUGAUUCUCAAAGAUCCUGAGAUGUUUCUCGAAUCCCAAGUGCUGCCAACCCCGGAGGCGCAGAAGAAGCUUAAGGUCUGGCUGUCUGCCGCCAACAGUUCAUUUGUGCUCAAUUUCAAGUUCGCUCGUCGGCCCAAGAUAUGGCUUCUGACCGGGCUCUAUGUGCUGGAACAGACGCGGACGCUUGUGUCCCGAUCAAAGUCUACUGACAUCUCCGCAGGGAUCUCAUCUGCCUUGAUCGGAGCGGCGUCUGGAGUGCCAAUCGGUGGCUCGGUCAAUCUGGGCACAGGGUCGACCUGGGAGAUGGCCAUGGAAGUCGCCGAACCACAUGUGUGGGCUGCUCAGUUCCGACUGUUGGACGCUCGUUUUAUCAAAAUGGCGAAGGGCGGUCUGGGCGAGACAAAACUACCCACAACCAUCGGACUGUACCGAGACGUUCUGUCGAUGAGCAUGCAACGCAGUGGCGAGCCGGUGCCGGUGAGACUUGUUCAGGACUCAGUACAGCUGGGGCUGGAGAGCGUGGAAGCCGAGCUGGAUAAGAAAAAUGAAACGAUCGAUCAGGAUAGCGAGGAACUACAAGAGUAUGAGAAGCGAUUGGAGCAAGCGAUCAAACUCAUGGAGAUCGCCCCCAAACAUCUGCUCAUGUGA